CUAAAAUUCAGUAGGUAUGAAGUUACUCGCCUGAAAGAGCGAUCCCGAGAUACACAGACAGCCCUCUCAGAGCGCUCACGUCUCGCGUGGACUCGCGGCACUCUUCCAAAACCGAGAAGUAACAGCGAAUCAAUAGCCCCGUUGCCCAGCAACAGCAUCAUUAUUCAGUUCUGGUGUUUUGUUUUGGCUGGUGGUGUAGUGUCAAAAGUUUUAAAAAUUUGAUUUGUCGAAAUGGCCGUUGCGGGAAAGGACGGUGAUAACGGUGCAGUCGAGUUUCAGUUUUAUCAACCGGAUAACAGGACUAAAUGGGAAACCUUUCGACAGGCGAUUUAUGAUAAAUCUUCUAACCAGUUUCUCGGCAGAACUCCUAAAAAUUGGGGUCAGCUGCUGUUUUUCUACUCAAUAUUCUACAUUGUCUUAGCUGCCUUAUUUGCUAUAUGUAUGCAAGGUUUAUUUGCUACCUUAGACGACAGAGUGCCUAAAUGGAGAUUAGAUCGAAGCCUUAUAGGAGUUAAUCCCGGCCUAGGAUUUCGGCCUAUUUCCAAUGUAACUGAGGAAGGGUCCCUUAUUUGGUAUAAUAUCACAAACCAUACUACAAUAAAUAAAUGGGUGGGCUUGAUAGAUACAUUUUUAUUACCCUAUAAAGCGAAUCAAACCGGUAAGAAUUUUGUUCCUUGUAAUAAAGAUAAACGUCCUGGAUCAAAGGAAGUAUGCGAAACGAGUAUAACCAACUUUAAAAAUUGUAGUCCUGGUCGGAUGUACGGGUACAAUACUUCUACGCCAUGUGUGUUUCUUAAAUUGAAUAGAAUUUUCGGAUGGGUUCCCGAAUUUAUAACCUCACCUCAAGAAGGAAUGCCAAAAGAUUUAGCCGAUCACAUCCAAAUGCUGAAAGACGCAAAUUCUACAGAGCGCAUGAUAUGGGUAACGUGUAAUGGUGUCGAUGACUUCGAUAGAGAAAACAUAAAGGGAUUUAAUUACUAUCCUAAAGGUUUCUCCAGUUCCUAUUAUCCUUACACGAACAUCAAGAACUAUUUGAGUCCUAUCGUCGCCGUCGAAGUCGUCAACAUAACUCCCAACGUACUGGUUAGCAUAGAAUGUCGAGCUUGGGCGGAAAACAUAAAAUACAGUAAUUCAUCAUUAAACCGAGCAGGAUCUGUCAGAUUCGAAAUUCAAGUGGAUAGAGAACCUGAAUCGUCAAGACCAAUACUACAAAAUCAACCCAAAGCCGCUUCGAUUGUGGAUGCAAAGACUGCUGUUCCAGUUGGUACAGAUACAACAAUGAGCCCCACAUCUGACAUUUCAACUUCUGCAAUAGUUAAUGCAACAACUGUUUUAACCACAGUAACGGCUUAAAUCAUUUGCUAAAUAGAUAGAGGUUAUUUAAAAAUGCUCUUAAAUAGUUAGAUUGUGUUUAAACAACGUGACCACAAAUUUUACUCCAAUACGAUGAAAAUUUUGAUAUAUAUGGUGGUUCCUUGUACAUGUGUCAUCAUGCAAUUUAUACAAAUUAAAUCAAGACUUUAACCCUUAACUUGGUAAAACAUGAAAUACGCGAAAUAAAAUUUUUUUCUGACAACAUUUUUU